GAAGGCAAAAACCCCAUCUGAAGCGUCUCAGCCCUCUCUGUUCCUUCCAUGGCUCCGACCUCUUCAUGUCAUUUCAACCAUCUCUGUUCCUUCCAAAAAACCCUCAAUAAUUAUAUGUAUGUUGAAGGACCAAAAGCUCAAACAUCCCCAUUGCAUCUCAGCCAUCUCUGUCCUUUCUAAAGACUCUCAAUAACUCUGUAUGUUGAAGGACCAAAAGCUCAGACAUCCCCAUUGCAUCUCAGCCAUCUCUGUUCCUUCUAAAGACUCUCAAUAACUCUGUAUGUUGAAGGACCAAAAGCUCAGACAUCCCCAUUGCAUCUCAGCCAUCUCUGUUCCUUCUAAAGACUCUCAAUAACUCUGUAUGUUGAAGGACCAAAAGCUCAGACAUCCCCAUUGCAUCUCAGCCAUCUCUGUUCCUUCUAAAGACUCUCAAUAACUCUGUAUGUUGAAGGACCAAAAGCUCAGACAUCCCCAUUGCAUCUCAGCCAUCUCUGUCCCUUCUAAAGACUCUCAAUAACUCUGUAUGUUGAAGGACCAAAAGCUCAGACAUCCCCAUUGCAUCUCAGCCAUCUCUGUUCCUUCUAAAGACUCUCAAUAACUCUGUAUGGUGAAGGACCAAAAGCUCAAACAUCCCCAUUGCAUCUCAGCCAUCUCUGUUCCUUCUAAAGACUCUCAAUAACUCUGUAUGUUGAAGGACCAAAAGCUCAGACAUCCUCAUUGUAUCUCAGCCAUCUCUGUCCCUUCCUUCCAAAGGCCCUCAAUAAUCCUCUAUGGUGAAGAACUGAAGUCUCAGACCUCCCCAUUUCAUCUCAUCUAUCUGUGUCCCUUCCAGAGACCCUCAAUAACCCUGUAUGGUGAAGAACCAGAAGCCUAGACCUCUUCAUUUUAUUCAAUUUCAUCUUUCCCAUCUUUGUCCCUUCCAAAGACCCUCAUUCACCCUACAUGGCAAAGAACUUGAAGCUCAGACCUUAUUUCACAUCACCCAUCCCUAUACUGCUCAGUAAACCUCUAUGGUGAAGAACCCAGAGCUCAGACCUUCUCAUUUCAUCUCUUCUAUUGCUUCCCUUCCAAAGACCCUCAAAAAAGCUACAUGGUGAAGCACCAUUGGCUCAGACCACUUCAUUUUGCUUCACCAAUCCCAUCAAUAUUAAUGUAUUAUAAAGAUCUGUGAGUCCAGAUUUGAUCAUUUUGUGCCUCCUAUCUACAUUCUCCAUUGCAAGAGUCUCAAGAGUAAUGGAGUGUUUUUCUGUUCUCUGUUCUCCACCUUAGAUCUUCAAAUCUCAUUGUCUUCUCCCUGUCUUUCCCUCCUAUUGGUCACUCGCGCCAGGCCACCAGGAACCUAUAGAAUGAAGACUGCACUGUUGACACUGCUGACUUGUUAUUUCAUCUUCAUGGCUCAUGUGGGAUGCCGGCCAUUUGACAGAAGUAUUUUUGAUGGCCCUCAGCUCGGGUUAAAUGGGCUGCUGAGUGAUGAAAAUCCACAGGCCCUCCUGUACUUUCUAAAGGAAAAGAUCCAAAGAGAGAUGGAAAGAGGAGACCCUCAGAUUCAGCUCCGGCUCAGCAAGAGUUCCCUCUCCUCGGGGCGUCAGGAUUUAGUUUCUGCCCUCAGCGUCCUGCAGACGGCAUUCCAGGAGGGCAUCCCAGAUGAGUCCACCAGGGGCUUCUUGGAAGCAUUUUCUGACCGCUUGAAGAGAGAGGACCCACCUAUCUCCAUUGACCUGACCUUCCACAUUCUCAGGCAGAUGAUAGAGAUUGCCAAAACCCAAAACCAGAAGCAUCAGGCUGAACAGAAUCGAAUUAUUUUUGACUCUGUGGGGAAGUGACCCCAGGAGGGACCAUGGACACAAUCCUGAGCCAAAGCUCCCUCUCUUGCUUCUCCUCCAACGUGGGACAACCCCAUUGCUGAGACUUGUGCGCACACAGGAGAGCACCAGUGGACUCAUGGGAGCAAGAGGGAGGGUUUGACAAGGUGUAAAUAUUCGUUGUACAUGUCACAAGUCAUACGUUGCUGAAAGUUGAGCAUUUAAUUGACUAACUGACCUUAAGGCCUUUACCCCAACCUCCUCUCCAACACUUGUGGUAAUUUAGGCCCUCUCCACCAGUCUCCAUAGACCUUGGCACAGUAAUUGCCUUCCAUUCUCCUUCACACCCCCCAAGGAGCUUUUCUCCAUCAAUCAAGCUGAUGACCUCUCUUCCCUUGUCUGUAGGCUUCUCCUCCAUCCUAAUUCGGAUCUUUCCUCCAUCUUUCUGAGGACAUAUCCCCCAAGUAAAAAAACAUGGAGACCCAGUGGUUCUGUCAUUUGAGGCUUCUUGCCAUUCUCAUCUCAUUGAUCACCUUAUUGAUCUACUAGAUAUGUUGGGUCUGACUGGCUGCGAGCAGCUGUUGCUGAGGUACCAGAAGUGAGGAAACUAGGAGGACUUGCCAAAGCCAAUUAUAUGAUGGCUGAGGGGCACAUUUGCACCAAUGAGCUGUCUGUCUAGUUUCCCAGACUCCCCUGCUGUACUCAGUGACCCAUGCCCUGUAGAAUACGCUGUAGGGGGAGAUGACCAUUGUGGGUCUUUCUAUUACAAGAUCCAUUUUAAGGGUUUUGUUAGAGACGGGUGACAGGUGCCAG